GUGCAUGCGCUUGCGCCGCUUUCCGCACUGUAUUGCAUGCUGUUAUGACUGUCAACACUAAACAUUUAUCUGUCAAAAAUAUUGCAGUUGAUUACACAAAUUGUCAUUGUUCCUAAUGUACGCUUCGAUUACAAACUUUGAAUGCAAUUCAUUAUGUAUUGAGGAAUCUUUUAACUAGAAAAUACUAUUCAGUUCAUUAUGAUAUCUAGAAAGGGUCAAAAAGGUGUCAAUGAGGGUGUGGUUGGGAAAUAUAUAAAGAAAGAUACUCCGCCAGACUUACCUAUAAUAAAUGUCUGGACGACUGGUCACAUUAAAAGACCUCGGAGUCAACCCUUCGGAGCAAACGAUGCCGUCUCUCAAAGCCAUGAGAAUAAAUUUGGCAAGGCUCAAACCAUGAGUGGACAUGCAGGCAAAUAUACACCUAGUGAGUCAGUACCAAAUUUAGCACACAGGUUUGCCAGUUUGUCGACUAGCGAUACAGCCAGUACAUCAAAUAGCUACAAUUCUCAAUAUCUUUUAGAUUCUAAUGUGGCUUCCCAUACUACUUUAAAUGAGAUAGAUGACUCAUUCAGCAGACAGACUAGUUACAGAUAUUACAGGCAACAGGAAGAUCCAAUAUAUCAGAAUCAACAACAGGUUCAACAGCAGAAACAACAACAAUAUGGAUCAAGGGAAUCAAGUAUGCCCAGACUGUCAUCCAAUAUGAGCCUGACACCAAGACUGCAUCCACCAUCCCCGCAUUCUCUACGCCUUCAUAGCUACACAGAUUCCUAUGCUACAGCAAGCCAGUCUUCGCCAAUUUACUCAAAUUGUGUCAGUACAUCAGGUCUACCAUACAAUAAAGCACAUGGGAGUAAAAUGAUCACUGGCACUCAAGGUUCAGAUGAGUGUGAACUUCCCUUGCCCCCGGGAUGGUCGGCGGACCGAACUCUACGCGGCCGACGCUACUACAUGGAUCACAAUACACAGACCACUCAUUGGACUCACCCAUUAGAGAGUGUGCCACAGCCUUGGCAGAGAGUCUCAACACCUCAUCAUGGAGUUUAUUAUUUUAAUGAAAUUACUCAUCAGACUACAUAUGCGCACCCUUGUUUAGUAGGUGGCUGCUAUUUAGUAAGCCCGUAUGUGCCUACCCUCGUGCCGCCUUAUUUGCUUGAAGAAAUUCCUCACUGGCUGAUUGUCUAUUCUAAAGCUGAUCAAGAGCUCGACCAUAAAUUACGGUGGAACAUGUUCAGACUGAGUGAGCUGGACUGCUACUCUGACAUGCUGACAAGACUCUACAAGCAGGAGUUGCAGCUUAUUGUCAUGAAGUAUGAGAGAUACAGAUCUGCUUUGUUACAAGAAAUUGAGAGGCGACGACAUGCAAUUACCUAUCAUGCACACUCCAACUGUUAAUAUUAUGUUAACUUGCCUAAUUGCACUGUGAUCAUAAAACAUUGUAGUUGUUAUGAAGUAACUUGAGUAUAAGUAAUGUAUUUGAUAUUUUAACUUUUACUAUGAAUCAUAAUUAUUGCUAAUAUAAGUAUA